UCAAGUUCCAGGAAGGAGGGCUCAGUUAUAACACCAAAUGAGUUGCUUUCAGUUUCAUACCAGCUGGAAAAGUUGGUCCCUCCUGGUGUGACCCACAGCAAAGAAACCCAGAUUCACCCACAUCUUGCCCCUGCUCAAGAGUCCAAAGACCUUCUCUCAUUCAAACUUAGAAAGCUUCUAUUGAACCUGGGAGUUCAACUAUGGAGAAUCGCCCUAAGAGCAAAGCCGAGAGACCAAUGAAGUCGGCAGAUAAUCAAAUGGAAAAAAACAUGCAUGAUGAAGAUUUAAUAUCCGGUGAAGAGCUAUUGGAGUUGAGAAGGAUUUUGAAAGUGAUUUCAGCAGUCCCCAGAGGCUUGAAUCCUCACAUCAAGGAAUUCAUACAUACAACUUUGUUAUUGCAAGUGAUACAGGACGGCGGCGCAGUGGACGGUCUCCAGGUGUGGCAGGCGGUGUCCGGCCUCUCUCUGGAGGCGCUCAUCACACAGCUGGACACGACGCUGGAGAAGAUUCAGGCUGCCCACUGGAACGGACAUCAAUUAAAUAUGGGUUAUUAUCUGACAUUACUAUUUAUAUAUGGAUUAGCACUCAUUGAAAGGGGGACAAAGCAGGAUUAUUCUAAAGCUAGAAGUAAAUUUAUGACCAUGAAAAUGGAAAUUCAGAAGAAAGAAGAUUGUAGAAAUUUUUUAUCUUUAGUUUAUUUUGGGUGUGGUUUACUGCUAGGCACUCAAAAAAGGUAUAUUGGAGGAUUACUAGAAUUUCAGAAAAGCAAGCAAGAAAUACAAGAUAAUAAUGAAAACUGGUAUGAUAUAGACCAUAUAAAAAAUGAAGAUUUACCUGAAACGUUUCAAGAUCUUCUUGAUGACUAUAUUAAAAAAUAUGAAAAUCACAUAGAACAGGGGACUAUUUGCCGUUUUCCUGAUUGUGAGAGGUCUUGCGAGUCUGAUAUUUUAAAGAAAUCCAAAUAUAAGGGUUUUGUUCAUCUCAGUUGCAGUGAAAACUGCAGAAUUUACUUCCAUAAAAUUUGUUGGGAAAAGCUCAAGGAUUUAAAGUAUUCUGGGAAAAGUGAUCAGAACUUUCUUGGAGGAAUAUGUUUGAAAAAAGGAUGUAUUGGUGACAUUGUAAAGAUGCAAAAAUGUGAAGAACCCGGAGUCUUUAAUAAUCUGUAUGAAGGUGUGAAAAAGGACGAAUGUAUUCAAAGCUAUUAUAAAAAAUUCAAGACUCUACCAGUCACUGAAGGAGUGGCUGUGAAAUCAGAACUGAAUUCUCAUAGUUAUAAUCCAGAAGAGAUCCUUCAGGAUGAGAUAUUAGAACAUAAUGAAUCUCCAGUAGACUCUAUUAAAGAUAUGAAAUCAGACUUAGAAGAACUGCCAGCAGAAAUUCCUAAACAUGAAAAAUCGGCACCUAGUGAAUCUUCAAUAGAAUCCGUUAAAGAUGUCCAGGAGAAUGCUCGAGUUAACAAUAAAUCAAAGAAGAAGAAAAAGAAUAAGACUAAGAAGAAUAAAGAGCUGAAUAAAGAACAUAGUCCAAAUAUUCUCAGAAAGGAAGAACAGACAGAAAAAGCUCAAGAGUUAAAUCCACAGCUGAGUAAUGGAACAGAGAAAAAGAACCCAUGUGAUCUUCAACGUGAUCCUGCAGCUGAAAAAGAGGCCUGUAGCCCAGCCCAAUCAGAUGCCCCAGAUUUCCCAGAUCAGGGCUCAAGGAACAAACCAACCAUAAAACAUGUAAAAAGUCCAGAAGAAACCAGGGAUCUGCAGCAGCAACUCUGGGAAGCAAGGAGGCAAUGUGCAGACUUCAAAAAACAGUUGGAAGCCAUGGCUGUCCAGUGGCAACAGAAGCAAGUACAGAUUAAAGAGAAAGAGAAAAUGAUUGCCGGUCUUAACCAACAGAUUUCUUCCGGAAACCACAAGGUUUCCAAAUUACAGCAGGAAAUGCAGACUAAAGAUUCUGAAAUCAGGAAGCUGAAAGAGAAACUUGCUUCAGAAAGAUCUCAAUGGGAAAGAGAGAAAAAUAAACUAGAAGCCAAAGCAAAGAAGUGCCUGAGCAAGCUGAAUGUUGAAGCCAAUAGAGCUAUAACAGCAGAGGUGUGCUUCCUUCAGAGUCGCAGAGAUUUUGGCCUCCAUCAGCUGGAACAGACUGAGAGGGAGUGCCUGCUUCAGCUUAUCCGUGUGAAAAACAUGGCAACAAGAGAUCCAGAAUCACUUCAGCUAAAAGCAGCUGUAGAAAGUUGGGAAACCAUUGUGACAGACGUCAGAAACAAAAUUGCAUUUAGCAAGACACAGUAUAAUGAACAAAUUGCUCUGGUGAAGAAUGGUUUUCCUCUAAACUGCUUGCCUCUGGUACAGAUUCCUCCACCACCACCCAGUCCUGAUAUAUUGAUGCAGCAUUUCUUGGGAAAACACAUCAUGAAAGAAAAUCCCUUGAGAGGGAUCCCCAAUUCUCCUCAGUUUGCUUCAUCAUAUCCUGGAGUUGGUUCUACCACUAACCAGACUAGACCACCUUUGGUGACAGGUAUGGCCCAACCUACACAAGUGCCAAUUUUGGAAACCAGAAUUUCUGAGACAGUCAUGGGAAAUGAACGCAUCAAGAUCAGCUGGGAGAGGAUUAUGGAUAAGCUAAAAACUGCCUUUCCAGAAUAUAGCAGGAAGGAACUCACAGACCUCUUAAGAAAACUAAAGGAUGCCAAUGGUAGAUCCUUGAUUGGGCUGACAUUUGAUGAAAUAGUUCGCAGAGUGUCCCAAAUGGUUGAACCUAAAAGAUCUCAGAAUCAAGUACAAGGAGUACAGAGCGCUGAUUCUAUUCCUUCUAGCCACCCUCAGUCUAAACCCAACAUUGAUCAACCUCCACGCCCUGCCUGGAGACCACUCAAUCCACAAGUCCCUGUGGCAUGGGAAGGGACCAAAAAUUUGGGUGAUGAAGAGGAGCCUUGUGUGAUCUGCCAUGAUAAUCUCACUCCAGAAAACCUAUCUGUGCUGGCUUGUGCUCAUAAAUUUCAUCCUCAGUGCAUUAAACUGUGGCUGAAACAACAAGGGACAUGUCCUACAUGCAGACUCUAUGUUGUGCUGCCAGAAGAAUUCCCGGGUCUUCCUAGCCGACACAUACCCAAAAUCUGAUGCAAGGGAAUGGAUGGUGUCAAAGGAGAUCAGUUUCUAGACUCCAGAAUUCUGCUUUGCCUUACUAUCCGAUGUCAUGAGGAGGUGUGAAGUAAUGCACACAGCAGUUCCAAUGCAGAGGAACUAGCUAACCAAAGAGAGGAUAUCAAAUCUUCGAAGUUUUCAGUCUGCAUUCAUAAUAUCUAGGCAAAAUUUGGCUUUUAAAAUUGCUGUCUCUAUACUUUCCCUUUCUUCAGUAAGCAUACCUUUCCACUCUCUAAAUGCAACAAUUUGUAAUGUGCCAGCUUUUCAAACUUAAGUUCUUUGCUUUAAUUUACUGCCAUCUUCCUUCUAGUUAUAAAUGAAGAAGAUAAACUUAGGCAGGAGAUUGAAAAUGAGAGGUGAAGAAGUGGGCACAUUCAGAAGCUGUGAAUGAAAGAAAUUCACACAUUAUCUAAAAAAUUCUCUCUCAUUAAUUUCAAUCUCUAAUACUAAUAGCAAAAAAAGCAAGAAGCACAAUCGAAUUAUUUGAGUUUUUGCUUUUCCUCCUUGCUUCAUCUUCUGUUGGAGAUUCUUAAGUUCUGAAUUAAUUGGAACCAAAAAUCAGAGUAAGGAGGAAGUCUGCACUUUCAACUUCUAAUGCCUCAUCACCCUCUAAUUCCUUAAUUUUUAACAACUUGCCCUCUUGAAGGCCAUCAAUAUUCUCCUUAUUAUCAAAUCCUUUCCAGGAGUCUGAAUUUUCUGCAGCAUUUGUCACUAUUCACCAGUCUCUUCCUCCCCCUUUGGCUUUUGUGACAUUAGUUCUCUACCUUUUUCUAUACAUUCAGUAAUUCAUUCAACAUUUUUUUUUUGGCAUCUACUAUGUGUAGAACAAACACUUUGCUGGAUUCUAGGGGAGACUAAAAACAGGUUUAGAUAAGACACUGUCACUCCUUUCAUAGCUCUUACAGUUUAGUGGAUGAAUAAAAUAUAAGCACAGAUAAUUAUAAUACAAAAUAUUUUAAAAAUAUAUUACAGAGUGGUAAAAUAAAAUGAUCUUUAUCUCUUUUUCCUCUGCUCCCUUUAACUCCCCAUGAUAUAGGUGUUUCUUCAGGUUUUUCCCUUUACCCCAUUCUCUUGCUACUUAGAUGUUCACCUUUAAUAUCCUAAACCACUCUCACAAAAAAAUAAUUCUAAAUAGAUAACUGAAAUCUGUGCCUUCCUUCAACCUUCAUCUUUCUCCUAAACCUCAUUUCUGUAUUUACUACCGUUAGCUGGUCAUCAGCUCAUUGUUCCAUUAGCUCUUCAAACUCUACAUCAAAAACUCAUUUUCUACCCCAAAUCAGAUCAUUUUCCUGAUUUUGAUGUUUCUGUUGAUAGGUUCACUAUUCUCCCUGUCUUUCUGUCUUUUUUUCUUUCCCUACAUCUAAUCAGUUACCAAGUCCUGUCAUUUCUUCAUUCACAAUAUCUUUACCCUCCACCCUCUCUCUGUUUCCAUUACCACCUCCCCAGUUCAUGUCCCUGUUAUCUCUUGCUUGUAUUACUGCCAUAACCUCCUUUUUCUGGCUAGACUGGACUAUUCCCUCCCUGUUUAAUGAUUAUUUCUUAUGUUUCUUAUCCUUUAUACUUAUGUGCACAUUACUCCCCUUACCUGGAAUGCCUUAGCACCAGGCACCUUAUGUACCUGUCAAAGUUUUCUGCAUUCUUUAAGGCCCAGUUCGAAUGCCAACCCCUUUAUAAGAUUUCCCUGACCCUCUUAACAGUCAGUUGUGAUUUCUCCCAUAUCUGAACCUGAACAUGGUUUUUUAAAAUUACUUUUCUGUGGUACUUCCACUUUGUAUUAUUUUUGUUUUUAAACUUUUCUUAUGCUUACUACUGGACCAUAAAUUCUUUGGCAAAGCCUUAGAAGAGGCAUUGUUUCCUUCCUAGGGAUAUGCAUUCCUUCUUACUGGAAUAGGUUAGAAUAAAUUCCACCCCUUGUUGUCCUCUACUGACUUGUUCUCAUGGGCACUGGGUGGAUGAGAAGGGGGACUGCUGGAACUGAAGAGGCUAGGUCCUCCCUUUUCUUCUAUGAGUACUCAAAGUAGGGCUACCUCUACUGAGUCCACUUUCCUUCUCCCCACUUUUGAGUUCCUUUCCCCCUCCAAUAUUCUCUCUCCACCUCAGCUCUAACUCUGCCUAGUUCCACUUCUCCUCUGCCCUUUGGAACCACUCUUGUUAGCAAAUUUCUUCAUUCUAGUCUCAUCUCCUUGCAUUUCUUCCCUGUUCUGAAGACUUCUUGACAUCCACUACAAAGUUAGCUUCUCCCAUACUCCCUCUUGCACAGGGACAAGAGGAAUUGGUAUAUUUCUUGCUCUCCACUGCCAUUUUCAGACCCUUUCUUGGCCACCAUGCAGGACCUAGCUCCUCUUCUUUUAAAAUUCACUUUAUGCUGUCCAGGUCCUGGGUGUUUGUUGUUGUUGCUGCUGCUGUUUCUUUGUUAUCACUCUAGUUGCUUUCCCUUGGCCAUAGUGCAUUUCAUAGCUAGCUUAUUGCUUUCCCUACCCCCAACAACUCCUCUUCUCCUGAUAGCCAUGCCUUCUAGUUCCUUAACUUCCUUAGCUCCAGUGAUCUCUGUUCAACCUGUCAGGGUCCAACUCUAAAACCCUCUGCUCCCCAACAAUCCACCUUAGGUGUGGAAUUUCUAGUUACAAAUCUGGUCAGGACAACAGCUGGCAUGUUUCCUUCCAUUCUGUAUCAACUACAGUCCCUAGAACAGGGCCUUUCAUGAAAAUAACUUCACAAAUAGAUGCUAUCAAAUAAGGCAGAGGAGGGAUAGUUCGUGGAAGGAGGGACUCACAAAAUUAAUCCAAAAAGGAGAAAAUAGUUGAAUAAUUGAUAAUAUGUUCACUUAUAGACCUGCCUUCACUGAGUCUUUUUUCCUCCCUUAAAAAAAUCUCCAAAUUUCACCUAUUUGACCCUUAUGGAGAAUCUAACUAUUCAUUGUAUUGUUAUACUCUUAUAACAAUGGAUACCUGGGCUAAGCCUCAUCACCCAAAUCUUAACAUUGAAAACUGUUAUAAUUGUAACUGAGAGCUCUGUUCCUAUUAAAGUGAAGAUAGUGUUAAGGCCUGGUCCUUUGUACCAGCUCCAGAAUAACAAAAAUUCAGUUCCUUUGUGAGAUGAAUGUUUCUUGUGUCAUAGUCUUAAUUUUAUUUACCAGUGGACCUUAAGUCAGCAGUUUUUCUUGUAUGCUUUAGACCAAAUGUGUCAUUAAACUUUUAAUUCUCUCUGA